AAUGCACACAGUUGUGGACGCGACCAAUUGCGCAUGCUCAAAUUUAGCAAAACACCCGUAAGGAGAGAGACGAGUGCAUGAGGAUAUUCAACAAAAACAAUGCCUUAUCGAUCUCAUUUCAGGCGUGCAGUGGCCUCAGUUUAAUCUCAGUGUGACGGCUCAGUGAGUGACGAGAGGAUGGACGGCGCUACCGUGUCAGCCUCGGAUGGGACAGCAGAGUGUCCGCUGGUCUCUGAGGACAUGGAGGGGAUCUGUGUAAUGCCCGACUUGGGUGCCAUCAAGACUGAGCAGUCGGUGGGUGCGAGUCCAGAUGACACAGGCACCCAAAAUGUGGCCAUGGGCAUCAAAUUCAUCUUGCCCAACCGCUUUGACAUGAAUGUUUGCUCAAGAUUUGUGAAGUCGCUCAACGAAGAGGACAGCAAGAACAUCCAGGACCAGGUGAAUUCUGACCUGGAGGUGGCUUCUGUUUUAUUCAAAGCUGAGUGCAAUAUCCAGACCUCCCCCUCUCCUGGGAUACAAGUGCGCCAUGUUUACACACCAUCCACCACCAAACAUUUCUCCCCCAUCAAACAGUCCACCACACUCACCAAUAAACACCGUGGCAAUGAGGUUUCUUCCACACCUCUGCUAGUGCAUUCUUUGUCCAUCCAUCAGCUGGCAGCCCAAGGAGAAAUGGUGUUUCUGGCCAGCAGGAUUGAACAAGAGACUGUGAUCAAUCUCCAAGAUGAGGAGGGCUUUACCCCUCUGAUGUGGGCAGCUGCACAUGGACAAAUCGCUGUUGUAGAGUUUCUGCUCCAAAAUGGUGCUGACCCCAACCUCCUGGCCAAAGGGAGGGAGAGUGCAUUGUCUUUGGCCUGCAGUAAGGGAUACACUGAUAUUGUGAAGAUGCUCAUUGACUGUGGUGUUGAUGUCAACGAAUAUGACUGGAAUGGAGGAGCCCCCCUGCUGUACGCUGUCCAUGGGAACCAUGUGCGCUGUGUUGAAAUCUUGUUAGAGAGUGGUGCUGAUCCUACCAUAGAGUCAGACUCUGGAUUCAACGCAAUGGACAUGGCCGUGGCUAUGGGCCACCGGAAUGUUCAACAGGUGAUGGAAGCACACUUACUGAAGUUACUGAUGGGAAUCAGAGAAUGAACUGUGACACUUGAAAAGACAAAUACUUGAGGGACACCACUGGGCUCUGGACAAUCAUGUAGCACACCCAGGCUGUUGUCUGACAGAAAUAUUUUUGCUUUUGCAUUAAGUGAUAUUUCAACAGCUUUUGCAUCACGUCAACGUUUUUUUGUGGGCAUGAUGCACAUGAAGGUUUGUGCCGUGUUAAUUUGUAAUUUUACUCCUCCUCUUUCAAACUGUUUUACCCUGCACUUUUUCACAUCAAAUGUGGAGUAGCAAAUUUUACCAGGACACACUGACAUAUUUCAAAAAACAAAAAUGUCAAGUACUUCACUACAAUCCAGCAUGCACUGCAUUCCAUCUGUAGUAUGCUGCCAAAUAAGCAGUGCCGUGCAGGUUUUAUUUUGCUUUAACUAAGCAUGGAAGCUCUGUUUUGACUUCCUUAUAAUAUGGAAUAUUGCAUUACAUGCUGUCAUUAUAAGUGUUUUUUUUUUUUUAAACUAACUUAUUAACUGUAAUAAUGAACAGUUUUUAAGAGUAACAGAAUUUUAUUGUAAUAUGUUGAAUUGGUUCAUGUUCAUACUGUCCAUAAUGAGCACAUUUCUGAGGCUGAGGAAGUUGACAGUGGAUGAAUUGAAAAUACGUUCUUACAGACUGGAAUGCAUGUGGUACAGACUUCAUGCUUUUAUGACGCUGCCAAGCUGUUUGUUGCCUGAAGAUCUGUGUGUUGGUUGUACUCAGUUUAUUUAUUUGAAUAAUUUAGACAUCGUGUUGUAAUGUGAUAAAAAUUAUCAUAUUGAUGUUAACUCCGUUUUGUUUCUCUGUAUAGUGAUACUAAUGUCCAGAUGUGUUGUUACUUCUACAAGACCUCACACCUCAUUUUAAUGUCCCACAAGGCUAUUGUGGUGCUGUUUGCCACUGUAUGAUGGUGCUUGUGUUUAAUACCAGUCAUAAGUGGUGUAUCAAGAAAUAACUUGUAUUGACCUCAGUAUCAGCCAUCAUUCUGUACAGAUAUUUAUCUGAUUUCAAGUCAAAAUGGUCAAACCACUGUUAAUAGUCACUGAAAUGAAGCUGUUAUUUAAUUAAAAGAUCUUUUUAAAGUGCAAACAACA